AUGGACUACUCUUACUUUGGUGGGCCCCAACAGCCCUACAACCAUUUCUUGGGCAUGCAGCACUCGUUCGCACAUACUGGAUUGGACACAGACACGACGCAAAGCAUUGAGCCUCUCGACCCCGUUCUCUAUCCAACGUCCUACGAUGCCUUUGGCUUCAACAACGGCUUGCCGACCCCGCAGCAGGGCUCACCGGAGAACAUAGCAGCACACACACCCAUGCCUGUCGGCAGUGUAGACUCGGGACUUGGCGCCGAACUCGAAGAUGGCCAGCCAAACCAAACACGGAGUAGCAGCGAGGAGAAGGACAACCUGACGCCUGCCCAGAGCAGGCGCAAGGCACAGAAUAGGGCAGCCCAGCGCGCAUUCCGCGAGCGCAAAGAACGCCAUGUCAAAGAGCUAGAGACGAAGCUCUCCGCCCUCGAAUCAAGCACACACUCCCUCCAGUCAGACAACGAGCGCUUGAAAGCCGCUCUACAGCGCGCCCGCACCGAAAACGAGAUCCUACGCGCUACCAGUGGCCAUUCUCCCGCAGCCUCGCGUCCCGUAUCCGCUAGCUAUCCCUCGCCAGGCGCCCAUCUCCCACUAGAGGAUGAUGAGGAACAUGAUGUGGACUACAAUGUCGAAUCACUUACUAACGGCACUGUUGUGAAUACAGCUGGUAGGGAACAUUCACGGAGAAAGGCCAAGGGGAGAGAGGUUCCGGCUGCGCAGGCUUGGGACCUCAUACAGUCGCAUACGCUCGUCAAGCAAGGUCUUGUCGAUGUGGCUGAUGUAUGUGAGCGACUGAAAGGAAAGACCAAGUGCGAUGGUCAUGGUCCGGUGUUUGAAGAGAGCACGAUAUGGCAAGCAGUCGAGGAGUCGCGCCGUUGCGGCGGUGAUGAACUCAUAUGA